UGCGUAAUGACGUCAUGCGGAAGCGGUUCAACCAAGAUGGCAGCGUCCUUGACAGGCAUGUUUUGAUUCGGGUUGAGUGUCGAACAUGCAAAACGGGUGUAAUUUCACGAAUUGCACGACCGACGAGAGGAGACUUUGAGAGCGGAGGAUGGAGAGACGAGAGUUUGUCACGUCCCUUGUGGCAGGAGGCUGUGCAGGGAUGUGUGUGGAUUUGACCCUCUUCCCCCUGGACACUAUUAAGACAAGGCUGCAGAGUCAGCAGGGCUUCUACAAGGCAGGGGGCUUCAGGGGCAUCUACGCUGGAGUCCCAUCUGCUGCUGUCGGCUCCUUCCCCAACGCCGCUGCUUUCUUUGUCACCUACGACUGCACAAAGUCCCUGCUCGGCGCCAGAGGAGUGCUAGAAGCACCACAUCUAGCACCUGUCACUCAUAUGCUGGCCGCCUCCCUGGGAGAAAUCGUGGCGUGUCUGAUCCGGGUGCCCACGGAGGUGGUCAAACAGAGAACCCAGGCCUCUCCAUCUUCUGGCACCUACCGCAUGCUGCUGGCCACACUCAGUGAAGAGGGGGUCCGCGGCUUGUACAGAGGAUUUGGGACUACGGUUCUCAGAGAGAUCCCGUUCUCGCUGGUGCAGUUUCCGCUCUGGGAAUAUUUAAAGACUCUCUGGUCAUGGAGGCAAGGUCACACGCUCUACUCUUGGCAGGCUGCAGUGUGCGGAGCUUUUGCAGGUGCUGUAGCGGCUUUAGUUACCACUCCUCUUGACGUGGCGAAGACCAGGAUCAUGCUUGCAAAGGCGGGGUCGACCACAGCGAGCGGCAACAUCCCGCUGGUGCUCUAUGACGUGUGGAAGAGUCGAGGAAUUCCAGGUCUGUUUGCGGGCAGCAUCCCGAGGGUGACCUUCAUCAGUGUGGGUGGUUUCAUCUUCCUGGGAGCGUAUGAGAAGGUCCGCACCACUCUGCUUUAGCUCUCUGUGACUGUGCUGAGUUUUGACCUGAAGGACGGCAGGGGGAAAUGCCCCCCCUCGAAGUGGCACCCUCGGCCUCGUCCCCUGGGGGGGGGGCUUCAACUUGCACCUCAGUGCUGCAAGGCCCCCGAAGAGGCAACAACCACCUGAUCCUAUGAGUAAGAGUUCUCCUUAGGUUACCCAGGGUGCUUCAUUCCUGCUCAUCAGUGACCUGCUGAUUGAGUUUGACAUCCUGAUCCGGAGCUUCUGUAACAGCAGCAUCAGUGUGGAGAAGUGAAGCCACUCCCAAUCACCAGAGACUCACAAGGACUAUCUUUCCAUCUUUACAGUUUAAUGUGUGUGUAUUUUUUAAUUGGUUAAGCUAUUAAACACUGUCUCUUUUAUUGCUUUGACUGAGAUUUCAUGAUUGCUGUGGUUCCUUUAAUGCCCCCACAGGGGUGUUUCAUGAUCUCUUUAGUGCUCCGUCCAUAAUUUUUCCCUCCGCUAAGCCAGGCCACCUGCAAUAAAGAGCCAUGGGGGAGAGGCUGGGUAAUAUCUCAGCAUUGUUACAUUCCUGCUGAAGCACAUCUGAGCUCAUCCACCUGCAGGACAUUUCAUUUUAUACUGAGAAUGUGCAACAAUGAACACUUUAUGCAAUUAAUGAGGCUUUAGUUUAAACAGGAGCUGUUGUGUUGGCUCGGACUAAAAACAGAAUUGAUCAUUUGUUUAUUGUCAAGAAAUGUAUUCAGUGACUUGAAAAGGCUACCUUGUAGUCAUUAAUAGUCGUGUUUGCUUAAUUGGGGCGUUGAUUAUUUAGAAAAAUACUGAAGUUGACAAUGUUUUGUUGAUUUCAGGAAUCGAGGAAGUGGUUUUAUAGUUAGCCACAGUCUGAGGGAAAAACAAAUCACUGCUCCAUCAAACAAAGAUACUUAAAAUAAGGUUUAAUAAGAUGACAAAGUCAUGAGUAUAGAGAACCAUAUUGUAAGAAUAGUAUGAUAAGAGAUGUGAUAAUCAGGGCUUCUCUGAGAGAAUAUUUUAGAUUUAAAUCAAAUAUAUUACUUGCCUAAGAUUUGAGUGUGUCACAGCACAUGUAAGUAGAAUGAGUAGUACACAUUGAAUCCACUUACAGGACCUAGUUACUUUGUGUAAGUCUAUUUCAGAUUGUUUUUUUAACAGGGUUAGUCACGUCUAUUUUAUAAAUGCAGUGAACAAACUCAAGGAUUUGGAACAUCUUAUUUUCCCACUCUGAGUGGUAUGGAGCCUCGCAGAUGGUUUUCAUUUCACUUGCCAAGUUUCCGGGAUAUCAGCUGUAGACUGCAUGUGGGGAAUUAACUUGGGAGGAAUAUGUUUGUGUUGGGAGUUUGUCUAAAUCGAUCCAUUUAAACAUCAGUUAUUAGGAUGAUACAACAUGAUAUACAGAUGGCGUUGCAUCUGGCCUUACACAGGAAAUGAUAUGACUCUGUGAAAAUCUGUUAAUUUCUCUAAAUGUCUGAGCUGCAACACAGGUUGGAAUGAAUUGUAGCAUAUAAAACUGGAUUAUUGGAUUCACCAGGAAUGUAUUUAAUGGUUUACAUGUUAAAGAAAAGACGUGCCCUAAAAGAUACCUACAUUAUUGGCAUGUUGAACCAGUCCAUAGUUAAACGACUAACAAAUCAUUCCUCUUUGUCUGAUUAUAGGAAGAUUAUUUAAAUGAUAAAUGCAACAACAGUUGACUUAAUAAGUGUUUUCCUUCCUUUUAUUCAGUGAAUAAGCUCAGGGUCCUUGCAGUCAGUACUGAGGUAAAACUAGGGACUUGUUAAACGCUGUCGGUUGCAGAGGGAGACAGAUGGCCUCACAGGUGGGAGUGUUUGUCAUGCUGCUUAUCACUAGGCUGUUGUACGACAAUGGUCAGUGUGUGAUUGGUGGAGGCCACAGCCAGGAGCAUGUCAAUCAUCCAGUGACACAUAUCCAUCUGGAAUGCACAUUCUGGCCAGCUACUGACCCUCAGUCCGCCCUGACUCAAUAGCAAAUAUUUUAAACAGCCCGCAGAAGGAAAAAAUAUGCCUGCUGUCUUUGGAGCUUCAGGGAGCCGGGACACAUUCCUGUUGGGAAGGUUUUAGCUCUGUGUGUGUGUGUGUGUGUUUGUAUUCCAUGCACAAACUAUCACUGCUUUGAAGAUCAAGGUCUCUGGGGUUUCAUGUCUUUGUGCAUGCUCCAUUUGAAUUGAUGACUUCUCCAUAACGGCUGUGAUGUGUGAGGAGCGCUAAAUGCUAAGUCAGCUGCUCAGAAUCUGUUGUCACUGAAGCAUCUCCCUUCAUGGUGUUUAUGUGGGCAAUAAAACAUGAUAAGAAACACUUGCGUUAAUAGCAAAAUGGGAUUUUAUUCGACACUUCAAUGCCAUGUUAGACACUUCACUGUUUCAGCCUUGACAUUGGUACAAUGGUUCAAUAAAUUACUCAGCUGCAACCUCACUUCCUCUUGUCCCUUUUACCUGCUACACUAGGAUCGUUUGUCCCACAGGGAUCUCUGAUCGGUCUUGCUGGUAAAAAAAAAAAAAAAAAA